AAACAAGGAAGUAAUUUACACGAUUUGUGACGCAACAAAAUAAGAUGGCACAGGUGUUGGCAGUCCCAGGAGAUGUUAGACAUGGAUUUUCUUACAUAGGUCAAUUCAACCAUGACUUCGGCCGAAUUAUUGGGAUAGCAGCUACAAUAAAGGGGAAUAUUUUGUUAUGUGACUAUGUUAAAAAGAAUCUGAUAUUAGUUGAUCCCCAUGGAAAUUAUUUAAAUAAGCUUGACGUAGACAGUGAACCAUAUGGUGUGGCUAUAACGAGUCAAAAUAUAGGCUAUAUAACACAACCAAACUCUAGAACUGUCCUACAAAUUGACCCUGAUAAAAUGAUUGUACUCUUCAAGGUAACUUGCGACGACCUAAACACUACAGUGUCUUGUGUUUCAGCACUACCUAAUACUGGAAGGGAUUUAUCAGGGACAAAACCAUGUUUUUUUGGAGUUAACAAAGAUGGUUGUAUGUAUGCAGGUGGUGUCAGUUACGAACAAAUUUCCAGCACCAUCACAGACAUAUCUAAAAAUGGACGUAUGAUUGGUUCACGUGUUGUAAAGUUCCAUACAUUAAAUAAAGAUUCUUUCGUAUCUUGUAUAGGCGGUCAAAAUUAUAUCAGGCACAACUUCAGCACAAGCAGACGGCCACAUAUGGACACAUUUUAUCACAAUAAGAUUUAUAAUAUUGCCACCAUGGACUCGCCAACGGACAUAUGCUCUGACGACAACAGCCACAUCUACGUUAGUGGACAGGGAUCGAAUAACAUACACAGACUGGUAGAGGACACGAAAUAUUCGAACAAAUUAAAAAGAAUGGAAACUGAUUGGAAAGUACUAGACAUACCAUUGGAUUCACAUCAUGGAAUCAAGGAACCUGUCGCCUUGUGCUUCAACCAAGACUAUAGUAAACUGUAUAUUGUCAACGAAUGGGGAAAAUCAGUUUUGGUUUUUGAUGUUAUUUGAUGAUCAAAUACAAAUACAAAUUUUCUGUUCAAUAUUAUACUAUACCAUGUAUAUAGAAAUUGGCUAUUUGUUAAUUAUGCUUUGAAUUAAAAAAAAAACAUUCGUAGUAAUAGUACCCACAUAGCUAUAUGUAUGAUAUAUCAACAAUGAUUAUUUGCUCUGUGAUCAAUAUCUUUCAAACAAAAUCUCUCAAACCGGUGGAAAGGUUCGUCUUGAACCAGCAGUGAGAAAUGCGGGUUCAUGUUUUAGACCUAAGUUUUCAAUUUGAGAUGAAAAACAAAUAAAAAAAUGUUAUCAUGGUA